AUGCCUACCUGGAAUCAAAUACAAUCACAACUGCGAAACCCAAACAACCCGGUAGUAUUUUUUGAUAUUACUGUGGGGACGACGGAAAUAGGACGAAUGAUUUUUGAGCUGUUUGCUGAUGUAGUGCCAAAAACAAGUGAAAACUUUAGAGAGUUCUGCACAGGAGAGUAUAGGCGAGAUGGUGUCCCACUUGGAUAUAAAGGGGCUACCUUUCAUAGGGUUAUUAAAGAUUUCAUGAUACAAGGUGGCGAUUUUGUAAAUGGUGAUGGCACUGGUGUCAUGAGUAUCUAUGGAGGCAGUACUUUUGCAGAUGAAAACUUUGCAUUAAAACAUGAUUCACCUGGACUCUUGUCUAUGGCAAAUAGUGGUAAAGAUACUAAUGGUUGUCAAUUUUUUAUAACAUGUGCUAAGUGUAAUUUUCUUGAUAAUAAGCAUGUUGUAUUUGGAAGAGUUAUCGAUGGACUUUUAGUCAUGAGAAAAAUAGAAAAUGUGCCAACCGGACCUAAUAAUAAACCAAAAAUACCUGUAACAAUAUCACAGUGUGGUCAGAUGUAA